AUGCUGCCAGCGACGCUUUACUCGGCGAUGCCGUUAUUGCCGCCCAACGCGACGUCGUCGCUGCCGGCCCAGCAGCAGGACGGCUGGAUGGCGCUGCUCGCGGCGGACCUUGGGCUUGCCGACGAGCAGCCGCUCGGAAAAGGGUGCGCGGAUGGCGGCGCGGAGAGUAAUGAUGGGGAAGGCGUUGCGGCUUCCGCGGUUCAAUGCGGAGGAGCCCAGGGCGGCGCAGAAGGCGGAGUCGUGGGAAUACAAGGUGGCGUGAUAGCGGGGGAUGAGGAAGCGUACACGGAAAGCGCGAAUCUAGACUCGUUGGCGCAAGGCGGUGUUGGCGGGAUUUUCCCCGUGGGCGGGGGUCAGGCGGAGGCGGAUGUUGGGGAAGGGGGCGGAGCAGAUCGGGGAGGAGUUGCGAAUGAAGGGACAUUGGGUGGUGGAGUAGAUCGAUUGGCGGCUGUGAUUGACCGGAUUGCUGCUGCGGACUCGCUUGUCGACGGUGGCUCAAGUGCUGGUGGUGACGGUGAUAUUCCUCGAGCUGCCGCUGCUGCUGCUGCUGCUGCUGGUGCUGGUGGGGUUGGGGUUGUCAUGGGCGGUGCAACGUCGGCGCUGUCUCUCUGGGACCGCGUGCGACGCGAGGGUUUGAGUCGAAUCAGCAGCUCUGGGACUGUUUCUGCGGCUGGCUCCCCCGCGGCGGCACCUGCUGCUACCGCGUCUGCUGCUCUUAACGCGGAUGACGGGUGGAGCUCCGGCGCGCUGCAGCGCGCAGCAGCAGGGGGGUUCCGCUUGGGGUCUGUGGGCGGGGAGCGGGGCGGAGAAACGGUGACUGGGAGAGGCGCAGGGGUAGGGGAAGGGGCAGGGGCAGGGGCAGGGGCAGGUGCAGCAGGCACUCACCUCACGAGGAAGGGGGCAGCUAGGGGUGUGAUUAGUGGGGCUGGCAGGAGUGUUGGCAAGGGAGGAACGUGGAACGCGGGUUGUGUGGAUGGUGGUGCUGGUGAGUUAGAGCCGGUCGCAUUGACAGAGACGGGGAAGCGAGCCCUGUCUUUGGGUGGACAUUGGCGUGGGUCUGGGAGAUUGGGUGAGGAGGAGGAGGAUGAGGAAGAGGAAGAGGAAGAGGAGCAGGAGGAGGAGGAGGAAGAGGCGGACGCGGUGGCUGAUGCAUAUAGUAGUGGGCACGCUGGGGCUGUUGUGAAGAGGAGCAAUGAGAAGGACGUCCUUGGCAUGCUUUUUAACCGCGGCAGUGACAGCGACUGCGACAGCAACGGCAACCGCAGCAGCGGCAGCGACAGCCUGGUAUCUGGGAUUAGAGGGAAGGCGGCAGCGGCUGGCAAUUCAUCCCGUGCCCUCGCCCUGCCUGCACGGAGGCACUUCAGCAGCAUGAGCCACGCCACACACGCGGUUACCACCAACACCGGUUCUGACACACCCCCAGCGGUAGUACCCGACGAAGCAGCUGCUCCCGUGUCCUCAGCGCUGGCGCUACUCCCCUCUGCGGCCCACCGUGGCCUGUCCAAGAAUGACCUCUUCCUCCGCCUUGCUGCUGGCGCCCGCACCUCCAGCCCUUCUCAUGCCAACUCUCCCACUGCCCUCACCUUCCCCUCCGCCCUCACCUCCCCCACCGCCUCCGCCGCCUCCCCCUCCGCCUCCGCCUCCGCCUCGCCUCCCCGCAUUCGUCCCUCGCUCCCUGCUGCCAUCUCUGCCACCAUCUCAGCCUCCUCCACCCCGCGCUUCUCCCUCGCCACCUCGAUGCCCAUGGCCAUACCCGCAGGAGCCAUCCAGAGGGCCAUUUAUCCGGAACCCAUCUACAUUGGGUGUCCGUUGGAGUCGCGGGCGGGUGAGGCGGUGGUGAGGGAGGCGGCGGGGGUGUGGCAGCAUGAGCCGAGCCUGGCGCCCGUGUCGUCCACUGCACGGCUGCGCACUGUGGACCAGCUCACUGCACUUGCUGAGGCAUACGCUACUGAUGACCUGGCCAAGAUUCGGUUUCUGAAUCGCAAGCUGACAAAGAAAGCUGACCCGAUGGGCGACCCACUGCAGCGCACGGUGCACUACUUCCUGGAGGCGCUCUCUGCACGGCAGGAGGGCCGCGGACUGGAGAUUUACAGGCGACCCCUCGACGUCCCCAUUCAGGAGCUCUCUCAAGCGGUGCUGCUGCUGUGCAGAACAGUCCCCUUUGUGCACACGUGCCGGACCGUAAUCCACGAGGCAAUACUCCAUGCCCUCGCCACCGAACCCAUCUGCACCCAUCUGCACAUCGUCGCCUUCGGCAUGUUCCCAGGAGACAACUGGAUGGGCCUGCUCCACUCGCUCCUCGACCUCCCCAACGGCCCGCCCCCCCGCAUCACCCUCACAGCUAUCGACGGGCCUACUAGCCCCGGGAAGAUCGCCAUGAAAACAGCGCUGCUGGAUUUCUGGCUUAAGUUUGAGGCGACGGCUGCUGCGCUGGGGCUGAAUUUCGAGUUCCGGCGGCCGGGCGUAAGGAUGGAGACGCUGCGCCCGGGGAUGGUGCAGCGGGGAGGGGAGCCUGGGGAGGUGGUAGUGGUCACGUGUGCCAUGCACAUGCAGUUUCUGCCUGAUGUGUCCGUGGUGCGUGCGAAUCAGCGCGACAUGGUGCUCAGAGCUGUGCAUGCCCUGCGCCCGGCAGCCUUUGCCCUGGUUGACAUUGACGCCAAUUUCAACGGGCCCUUCUUCCUCUCGCGCUUCCGCGAAGCAGCUAUGUACUUCACCAACCUCCUCUCCUGCGUUGACGCUUCGGGCCUGCCGCGCUCCUCGCCGCGCCGUGCCCUCUUUGAGUCCUCCUACCUUGCCCGCGACAUAGUCAAUGUUAUUGCUUGUGAGGGCCUUGACCGCAUGGUCCGGCCCGAACGUGUAGAGCAGUGGCAGGCCCGGUUGGAGAGGCUCGGAUUUUUUCCCCGAGCCGUUUCGCCGAACCUUGUGGACAAGAUUUUGGAUCUGGCGCCGUUUCGGGUGGGAGGCAAGAGAAGAGGAAUCGGUGGUGCUGGUGGUUUCAGCGGGAAUGGGGUCGAGGUGGGGUAUGAUGUGAAGGAGAAAGGGCACACGGUGCAAAUCACAUGGAAUGGGGAAAGGAUUAUAUGGGCUGGCCUCUGGUGUGCUGCACCACAGAUGAAUGCGGCGAGCUCCCGCCCUAUGGUCUUGUGA